AGAUAUACACAUUAUUAAGAACAUAUUGGAAAAAAUAAACAUCUGAAAAUAGCAACAUGUGUGACGAGCAACCAAUAUCCGACUGUGAGCCAACGACCUCGUCCCUACACCACAACACCUAUCACAUGCAUUUGCCGCUCUAUAUUAUGGAUGUGGUGCGCAUGUUUCAGGACCAUCCAAAAUAUGCCUGUGGUAUACAACAGCAACACAUACUCGAAAUGCUGGAAAAAGAACCCUUCGCCUGCGGAGAUCUGGAGGCCCAGGUCAAGACUGCCUUGAUGGACCUGACGGCAAAGGGAUUCGUGCGUUACAUAAACAAUGGCUACCGCACCCUGGGGCCCAUCGCCAAGCUGGCCAAUGCGCGCUCUGUGCGCCACUUCAAUAUGACCUGGGAUCGAAUUGCCGAGCUGCACAGGGUUACCUGUCCAAACAUGGACUCCUGCGGGGUCAGCACUUGCUCACAACGUGGCAGCUCAAAGUGUUAGCCAGUUUAAGUGUUCCUUUUGUUCAUAUAUGUUUUCGCUUAGCUUAUCUAGUUAUGUUUAUUGAAUUAAGUACUAUGUAGCAAUGGAGACGCUAUUCGAAAUUAUCCAAAAUUUUAAUCUAAAGCGCACACACACACACAGCCAUAUAUAUAUGUAUGUACAAAUUCUGUGAAUCAAAAUUAAUGUUCAUAAAAUACU